AUGUUAAAAUAUCAAUUUGGUUAGAAAAUUGGGGAAGGCACUUUUGCAUAAGUCUAUAUUGGGGCAUGCAAUGAUGAAUAGGUGGCCAUUAAAGUACUUCAGAAGGAAUCACUUAAGACCGAUCGAGACAAAUUUAGAGUCAAUAAGGAAAUCGAAUUACUAAAUAAGGUCAAUCAUCCAAACAUAGUUAAGAUGAAGGAAAUUGUAGAGGAUGAAGAGUCCAUAUAUUUGAUAACUGAGUACGUUUCCGGUGGGGAAUUGUUUGAUUAUAUUGUGGAAUAGGAGAGGUAAAUUAGAUAAUAUCGUAGACUUACAAAUGGAGAGGCAAGACAUAUUAUUAGAUAACUGAUAAAUGCAAUUGAAUAUUUGCAUGGUUUGGGUAUCAUUCAUAGGGAUCUUAAACCAGAAAACAUUUUAAUGAGAGAUAAUGGUGAUAUAUGCUUAAUAGAUUUUGGUCUUUCAAUGGAAGUCACAAAAGGAUAGCUAUUGGUAACAGCUUGUGGAAGUCCUUGCUAUGCUGCUCCUGAAAUGUUGGAAGGCAAAAAUUAUGAUGGUGCGAAAACUGACAUUUGGAGUUGUGGUGUCAUUCUUUAUGCUAUGCUAUGUGGUUACUUGCCUUUUGAUGAAGAGAAUACAUAAAAUUUGUAUGAUAAAAUUAAGCUUUGUUAAUAUAAGAUUCCUAAUUCAUUGCAUAAAGAUGCCAAGGAUCUCCUUAGUAAAAUCCUAGUAUAAGAAAAUUAGAGAAUCAAUAUUGAGUAGAUUAAAAAUCACCCAUUUCUUUUAAAUGAUGAUGAAUGCCAGAAUAGCAAUGAGUUAUCAAUUGAAUAAAUCGAAUAGCCUAUUGACUGUUAAGAAAACUUGGAUAAUGAGAAUUAGUAAGCAUCCUUAAUAUAAUCACAAAAUCAGGAGGAAGACACUAUUGAAUAUGUUUAGCCAAUUGAAGAAAUUUAAAAAAGACCUAAAGGACAUACAUUAAAACGAGAAUCUAUAAUGAAUGAAUUGGAAGUCAAUAUAAACAGCAUGUCACCCAAACGUAAAUUUGAAAUAACCGUUCUAAAUAAAGAGAGGAAAAACUUGAAAACUAUUGCACAGGCCUUUUAGAUAAUUUAGGAGUCUUCAAGAUAGAAGGAUAGAAAAAUUCCUGAGGAAUAGCAAUAAUAAUAAAUCUAAUUAGCGAAAAAGCCAGCCAUGAAAAUCAACACUAAUAAACCGUAUACUAAAAUAAAGAAUGUCCAAACUAUUAGGUAUCGUAACUGAUGGCUAUUAUUAAUAUAGUACUCAAUUUAAGAUUCUCAUU